AGUGCCUUGGCCCUCAUGCAGCUGCAGUUCCAUGGCCAGUGUAGCCAGAUAUUCCCCCCUCAGCUUGGUACGUUACAAAUAAUUCAUGGCAACGGCACCACAGUUGGGACAGUGAUCACAUUCCAGUGUUCUGCUGAACACCAGCUUGAAGGACAGGGAGUCAUCACCUGCAUUUGGAAAGGAAACAGUGCUCAGUGGACAGCAGGAGUUCCCUCGUGCAAGCCCAUAUCGAAGUAUGAGACUUUUGGAUUUAAAGUAGCAGUGAUUGCCUCCAUUGUAAGCUGUGCCAUCAUUCUGCUGAUGUCUAUGGCUUUUCUAACUUGUUGUCUCAUCAAGUGUGUUAAGAAAAGUGAAAGGAGGAGAACUGAAAGGGAUAUGCAGCUGUGGUACCAGCUCAGAACUGAAGAACUGGAAAACAUGCAAGCUGCUUAUUUUGGUUUUAAAGGCAGAAAUAAUAACAAUAACAAAAAACUCAGGAAAAAAACAGUAUUUGAUGAUGGGGCUAACAUGGCAUAUGACAACCAAGGCUUCUGCAGAUUCCAGGAAGAAUGGACUAGAGACAUCACAGUUUCUGCUCAUUACAGAGAAAAUGACCAUCAGCCUAAGUUCAACAAAACUGCACCCACUAAAAUAUUAGUAACAGGACAUAAGACUGCAGUACCUACAGUGAAGACAAUCCAUAUUGUUGAAGUCUAUGGACAUGAUAAGGAAAUUUAUAAAAAUCCUAAUUCGCAUUUACCUGGAUAGCCAGUAUCAGAAACAGCAAAUUAUUUGUUGGACCAAAAUGAAAUAAGUAUAGAAAUAUGUGCCUUAAAGACUACAUAGGAAACUACUUAAUUAUUCAUAUGAAUCUGAACAUUUUGUAUAUCUAAAGAUUGUUAUUUAAAAGAAUGCUUCCAGGUUUAAUAUCAGUAAAAUAAUGAAUGUUGACAUAAGUAGCCAUUCUCUACAAUGUACUAAAUAUUGUGAUCAUAGCAAAAAAUAUCAUUUUCCUGUUCAUACAGUAGAAAGAAAUGGCAGCAGUUGUAUAUUUGAUUCAUGCAUCAUCAUAACAACUGCAUAUUCACAUGACUGUAACCUUAUUUUAACUUGUGUUCUUUUUGUAAACGUCAGAAAGAAAAAAAAACAUAUUUUUGCACACCAGUAUGACAAAAUUACAAUAAAGAUGUCUUUUUAAUUAAAGACAUUGCCAUUUUAUUGAA